CAGACAUUGAAAUUUGCCUGGUCAUAUAGAUGUUAAGAUUGUCAACCGAGGUUAGAGAGUUUUGGUAUCCCGGUUAAAGAACGAAGAUUGCGAGAGCAUUUGUUUGUUUAGGGCGCGAUUGAAGUUUCUCUGUCUACCUCCAUAGCAACACAAAUCGGCACAAAACUGCUGCUCCCAUUGGGCGGGCUCAACAUCACCCAUUUGCCCAUUUCCUGCUGAAAAUUACAAAAGAAAUUAAUUGCAACGUGCGAUACUCCUCAAGCAGAAUUGAAAGCUGAAAUUCUUCCUCUUCCAAUUGCGUUCUCCUCCCUCGGGAACAUUAACAAUCGGUGCCGAGAUCGCGGUAAUCGAGUUUACACGGAACCCAGACGUUGCCGAUGGAGCAAGAAAACGUCUCAGGCAAAUUGAGCACAGAGCCUCCUAAUAUAACACUGGAUGACUUUGAAGACUUUUUACUAACUGAUGACCUACUCGUGGAUUAUUUCAAUAUAUUUCUUGAUUUGCUGAAUUUUCCAAUGCCAAUUUGGUUUAAUAAGGCUACCGGGACAUUUGAGAUUGUUGACAAUGCCAAGAAAAACCUUCGGAAACAUUUAAAAAGUCUGGUGCAAGCCCUUUCGCCCGUGGACUCCAUCUAUAAUGUGACGAUCAAGUCUAAAAGAAAAUAUUCUCAGCCCAAACAAAGUGUCACCAAUCUGGAUGUCAAAUUUGAUGAUACAUACAUUGUAAUGUGCCUCGAUCACGAGCAAGGUAUGGCUUGGAUGAAAUCUGAGAGGCUUCCAGCGUUCCUUCGGAGUGACUGUUACCUUGAGUACAGGAUUGCAAAACUGCUGUCUCAACUAGAAUGCAGCUCUGGAUCUGGCAUGCCACAUAUAGAUUCUACGUAUCGCCCCUGGGCUACGGAGGUGGAAGAGAAAAGCCUGGCUGCAGACCUGAUACCAUUGCACCAAGAAGCCUCCAGCGACCUGUCUGAGGUGUUGGUCACAGGAGAAGAGGAGGAGUUUCCAAUGCGUAGCACCAAGUCUAUCAGCAAAAUUAUUGCAGGGACUCAACAUCCCACAGUGAGGCCUGCAGAGAGAGGGGCUUCAGAUAUUUCGAUAUUGGAUGAAGUUAUGCACAGCCUGCAAAGACAGAAAAUUCUGGAUAAAUAUGGAAGAACAAAGGUCAAAUUGGAACAAGAAAGCUGCACUAGCAACUUAACUAAACCCAGAAUUGUGGAUGACAAACUAUUUGAAUUCAUUCCUGAAUAUGCUUUGGAUGCAACAGAGGUAGUUUCCUUUGAACAUAAGUCAGAGAGUGAAAUUAAACGAAUGCAAGACAUAAUAGCGAAGAACAAAGAAAAAGUUGAUGCUAGUUUCAAUAUGACAGAUCAUAAAGAUCAGGUCAGGACUGGCGAAACAACUGAGACCAGUCUGUCCUCUGUGAUCCAUGAGGCAAAGCAACAUUUGGAUGGGAAUACACAAAUAGCUCCAAUGCCUAAUGUUUCUCAACCUGAGCAAGUCAACGUGGAACAGUCACCUGCAUUGAGUAAUAUUAAGUCUCAUGGUUUGACUGAAGGCACGGGGGCUGAAAGUACAGAGUCUGAUUAUUCGGACGAAGAAAAUGGUAUCAAAAGUUUCUGUUAUGUGACCCCUCAUCACAAUUAUAAUUUCAAGAGCAGAAGCGGCAUUGAAAAAUUCAAAAGCUUUCUCCAAGGAACAGCUGGAGAGAAGUUCUGGUGGCUCUGGAUGGACAUUGAACGACUGAAGAUAACCAGGGAUGGUAAAAGAAAGCAAAGCUAUCUCAACAAGAUACGGAGUCGCUACCUGUUCAGCGGUGGUGAAUACUGUAUGAAUGCGGAGAUACGGGAAAGGCUGGCUCUGUCAAUUAUUUCACAGUGGACUGUAGAAAAUUUAUCCAACAUCCAGGCAGACAUAGUGGCACCCCUGCUUCUCUACUGGGGUCCAAGGUAUUGCAUCAACCAAGGAUACCCGAUAAGACAAGCUGGCAUUGUACUGAAGGAUUGGCAAGACCGCCAGCUCAGGCCUAAACCAGUUGUAGGCCCAUUUUCUGUCACACCCUUAGAUCAGAUAAAAAUCGUUUGCAUUCCUAAGGAGAAAUACCCACCAAAGAACCACAAGCUUCAACAAUUCCAUAGAAAAGUUUCUGUAAAAGGACAGUUACCAAAGACGUGUGGCACUCAGAACACAGCCGACACCCCUCUCAGUAACCCAGAAGGGAAAGAACACAUUAGCACUUCAAAAUGUGAUAUUUCAACACAAAUCUCAGAAUCUAUGCAAGCUUUUGAAGAGUUGGCAUUACGGAAAGCAAAGGAAAUCCACAAUUUAAAGACAUCAGUGCAUGACACAAAGUAUCACGAUCCACUGUGUGACUAUAAAAUUAAUGACCUGCUGCAUGCCCUUCAUAAUGAAAGCAGAACAGGAUACUUCUUCACAAAUUUUUGCAAGGAAACAGGAAAUGAGCUAUGGUGUAAUGGUGUGGACUUGUGGUUUGAGCUGAAGGAAUAUCAGCGACUGUUUUAUGCAGAGAUCUUUCAACCAUUUAAGCUCAAGAGGCAAGCACAGUUUAUUUUUGCCAACUACACGGUUGAAGGGGCCCCAGCAGAUGUCAAGUUAGAUAUCGAGAAUCAGAAAAGCAUCUACAAUAAACUGGAGCCACCCUUUGAAGAGCUGUUUGAUCAGCUGGAGGAGCAUAUACUCAUCUUGUUACUGGUACCUUGGCUCAAAAUGCUUGAAACGGACUCCUCAAAAUAUCAAAAGGUGGACAUAGUAAGAGAGACUCGGCAUUUAGAUUCAAAAUAUUGCAAAAAACUUCGGGACCUGCAGAGAAAACAUUUCCCCCACAAGGACUUCCCUUCUCCUGUCCGUUCAGCCAGUUACACGGAACCUCCAGAGGAACUUCAACGCUCAAGCAUUUGGCAGACAGUUCCUGAGGAAUUCCGUGAUUACACAUUUGAAGGACUGCUUCGGAAUCGCUUGCUACUUGAGGACUUCCAGGAGUACCUCAAAGAGAACCUAGCGGGCAUAGAUCUCAAUUGCUGGUUGGACAUUGAGAAAUAUAGAAAGAUACCCAAAGAUGAGAAGGAAAAUAAAGCUAACAAGUCCAAAGAGAUUAUCAAAAAAUAUCUAAAUCAUAAGUAUUUCUUCGGACCGAGCAGUCCAGCAACAAAAUCACAACAGGAGGAGGUGGUGAUGCUGGCCGGAGGACGAGACAAGUUGCUGCAUGAUCAGUUGUCUUUACUGGUUGGGACUGAGCUACAAAAUUAUGCAAAGGCACGCUUGGAAAGAAAGUGGCUGCCCAAAUACUUGGCUUCACCGGAGUUCCUUGAGAAGAACCACAAACAGAUACAGAUGGAAGAUGUUGUAGAGGACCAGAUGUUAAUCAAAAGUAAGAAGAAGCGGGAAUUAAUGAAGCACAUAACCAGCAAAUGGACCACCUCAUCAAAAGAAAUCAUUGCAUUCCGUAAAGCAUUGUUAAACCCAGUGACGGCUCUACAAUUUCAGAAGUUCGUGUCAACAAAAGGAGAGCUGAUGGAGAAUAAUGUGGUGUUUUGGCUUGAGGUUCAAAAGUACAAGGACCUGUGUCAUUCUCACGCUAGCGAGGAAAUGAUUCAGAAGAAGAUUUGGGUCAUCAUUAAUUGCUUCAUCAACUCCAGCAUUCCACCAGCUGUGCAGAUUGACAUCCCGUUAGAGUACGCACAGAAGAUUAUUAGCCACAGGCAAGAGCAGGGUCCGUACAUCUUCAGAGAAGCACAGAUGGCAGUUUUCAAUGUUCUAUUCCAACUGUGGCCAGCGUUCUCUGAGUUCAGAAAGGGACUUGAUCUUGAUGCCACCUUGCCUGUUAUGAAGAGAAAAGAAUUGAGUGAACAGGAUAAACAGAAAGGACUUCCAAUGGACGAGAGCUCAGCUGAGAAGAUGGAGUCUGGUCGGGAUGCGAGAAGUGCGGAAAUUGGUCACCCACGUUACCUGGGGAUCAGCAGCCGGUCCAGUGGAAGCCAACACUCUGUAAAAACUGGAAGUGGAAAACUUAAAAGGGACCACAGGAUCAUAAAGUCCGAGAGUGAAAUAGAAAAUGAACAGGUUCAAAGUCAUGGCCAAAAGUUUUCCUGGUCUUUGUCUAAAUACGUGGAGGCACUGGAUAGGGAGAAGGCACUGAUUUUAAGACAAAAGGCUAUGCAGCAAGAACCUAUAUCUACAUUUACAAAUGCAGGAAACUAAACUCAUCUAAAGCUGGCUAACUACUGAAAAUAAACUUAACCAGACUUGAUGGAAGAGAUAUCCUCCGAGUUGGAAUUUCCUUUUCC